CACUUGAGACACAUUUAGUGCACGGGAUUUGAACAAGAGAGGAGACCCAGCUAGCCGGACAUUUUACUCUGAUAAACCGAAGGAUGGCUUUCAGGACGCCUUCUGUUCAAUUGCACCAUAAAACGUGCAUUAUUUUACUUUUAGUGGGUCUGAUAAUCGAAGCUACCACAGAGCAAGGAAACAUGUACAUGUGGAUCGAUGCCAAUCAAGCAAGAAUAUUAAUUGGUUUUGAGGAAGAUAUUAUAAUAGUCUCAGACGGGAAAAUGGCCCCAUUCACACACGACUUCAGGAAAGCACAGCAGCGGAUGCCAGCAAUACCUGUCAAUAUCCACCACGUGAACUUCACCUGGCAAGCCACUGAUCAGGCAGAGUUUUUCUAUGAGUUUCAGACUUUGCGUUCAAUGGAUAAGGACAUUAUGGAUGACCCCACUGUCAACAUUCCUCUCUUAGGCUCAGUGCCACACAAAGCCUCUGUGGUCCAGGUGAGCUUCCCAUGUCGGGGUGACCAGGAUGGUGUCGCAGCAUUUGAGGUGACCAUCCUGGUGAUGGAUGCUGGUGGAAACAUCAUACUUAGGACUCCACACAACGCCAUCUUCUUCAAGACCUGCCAAAGAGCGACGUGUCCUGGUGGUUGUCGCAAUGGAGGCUACUGCAAUGAGAGGCAAGUCUGCGAGUGUCAGGAUGGUUUUUAUGGCGUGCACUGUGAGAAAGCGCUGUGCUCCGCUAGAUGUCUGAAUGGUGGUCUGUGUAUGAGUCCAGAUGUAUGUAUAUGUCCUCCUGGCUACCAUGGACCCAGCUGUGAGAAAGCUAACUGCACCACCACCUGUUUAAACGGAGGAACGUGUUUCCAUCCUGGGAAAUGCAUUUGUGCUGCUGGCUUUGAGGGCAGCCACUGUGAGCUGAGUAAAUGUCGGCAGUCUUGCAGAAAUGGAGGCAAAUGCAUGGGGAGGAACAAAUGCAAGUGCAGUAAAGGUUACCAUGGUGAUCUGUGCUCCAAAGCUGUCUGCGAGCCCAGCUGUGGAGCACACGGGACCUGUGUAGAGCCCAACAGGUGCCAGUGCAGGGACGGUUGGCAUGGACGUCAUUGCAAUAAGAGAUUUCGUGGUGGAACCUCCAACAGUCAGCGGGUCUCAGGUUCCAAGCACAAGUCACAGCCUGCAGCAGUAAAGGACACCAAGGAAGCCCCUGAAUCCAGUCAGCCCUCUGACACCAACUAUGCUGUUUAAACUUCCACAUUUUGACCAAUGGUGUCUGGCCAUCCCCUCUCUUUCAACACCGCCUUUCUUGAAACAGAUCUUUUAUCCUCCUCUUCCAAUCCCCAUCAGUGCCAACGGGACCAUCCCAAGCCGGACUGCUGCUUUCUCAGAGCAAGACUUGUUUUUGUAGUACAGUCACAGUGUCUUAUUUUACCAUACUAGUUCCUUUGAUAUAAUAUCUCCCACAGUUGUGCUUCAUUGAGCUUCUGGCCUGCAUCAGCUAUGUAGGGAGUAAAUCACGGGGUUGUUUGUCUAGUGUGGUGAACGUCUGAGAUGUUUGUGAGUUGCCCUGUGGUUUAGCUUCAGAUGUGGGGGUGAAUCACUGGGUGAAUUUUUCAUUACAGCAAAAGAACUUUCGUGUGAGGAUCCAGCUAUGGAUGGUAAUUGCUGUGUUUGGCUUGUGUUGAAGAUUUAUUUUAUGUACCUGAUUAUUUUGUAAACAUGCUGUUGUCAUUUCCUACUCAGCAAAAAUGUUUUCCUUAAUCAGACAUUUUGUCUUUUUUUCCAGCUAAAAAAAAAAGUAUGCAUCCUUAAAAGAAUAGUUCACCCAAAAAUGAAAAUUCUGUUCAUGUUGUUCCAAACCAAAAUUACUUUUUUUACUUUUUUCCCCCUGUGGAACACAAAAGGAGAUGUUAAGCAGAAUGACAGCCUCAGUCACCAUUCACUUUCAUUGUAGGGAAACAGAUGAAACAUAAUAAUAAUUGUUUUGAGAGUAUAUAUCUUGAAAGAUUUUUCUUAUCACGUUGACAAAUAGUUUUUAUUCUUUUAAGCAUAAAGAAUAAAAAUAAAUUUGUCAGUGGGGUAAAUAUUUUGAUAUUUUUAUAGGAAAACAAGUGAAAAGUACUGAUUAAAUAAAUAUUAUGCAGUGUAUACUAUAGUCACUAACAUUGUAAAAACACAAUUAUUUAGUAACUUGAGAUAUAUCUGGAACAAGUAGUUGUAUAACAACUUUCCUGAAUAUGUAUUCUGUUCAUGCUUUGUACAAUUUAAAUAUAUAUAGAUUAUAUACUGUAUACUGUAGAUAUAACAAUGCACAUAAGCUGCUUGUAACAUCAUACACAUGACACACACACACAAACAAAAUCAUAAUUUUUUUAUCCAUGUGUUAUACAAAUAAAAUGUUCCAUUGUGUCCUCACUGAGUUUGUCCAUAUUAAGUUUUCAAUCUAUGAAAGCUAAAGGCUUUUCAAAAACUGAAUAUGAAAGCAAACUCCAGACAACCACUAUUUGUUGGAUGGGACUAAAACUUAAUAAAAUGUAUAAUCAUUUAAUAGUUUCCAUAAUAAAAAAUAUUGUU